AUGAAGAAACCACGUAUUGCUGUUAUCGGGGCUGGUUCGUCUGGCUUGGCGGCAACAAAACAAUGUCUCGAUGAUGAACUGGAACCCGUUUGUUUCGAACAAAGCUCAUACACCGGUGGGCUUUGGAAAUAUGUAGAUAUUGACAACACAGAAAACAAAGAUCCUCAUUCGUCAAUAUUUAAAAGU